AUGCGCACGCAACAGCCCGCCAAAUGUCUGCUGCUCGACCUCCCGGUUGAGCUGCGCCUGCUCAUCUACGACUACGCCCUCUUCUCCCACGACCACGUCACCAUCGGCACCGGCCUCAAGCCCAGCUUCGCCUCGCCCGUCGACAGCGGCUACGCGAGCGAUGACGGCCGCGACUCGGAUGAACUGAUCCCCGGCCUGCCCUCAGACUUCGAGCCCGUCGUUCUGCCGCGCUUCGACCCGGACUUCCUCCAUCUUGAGCAGCCGCCCAUUUUCGACCACUGCACCCGGGACCAAGAUGAAGCCACCGCCGCCGCCGCCGACGACGACGACGAGCGCGAUCCUAUCGCGCGCCUUCGCGCCAAGCUGCCCUUCGCUUCCCCGCUCGCUCUGCUCCAGACCAAUCGCCAGAUCAGAGACGAGCUGAACUGGCACCUCAAAAGCCAGCGCACCCAGGACCGGAAGCUGUCUCUCUACAUGACCUACCCGUACGGCCUGCUCGUUUUCCAGCACCUGUGCCCGGACUUGAUUCGGCUGGCCCGAAGCGUCCAUAUCAGCGGCUACUACUACCCCACCAGCGCCCAUGGGCUGGUUGAAGGCCCGCCGGCAUGCCAGUGGAUUCACCGUCGGUACACGCAGCCGCCGCCCAUCGACGUGCCCGUCAUCCAAGAUGCAAACACUGCCCUCGGGUUGUUGACGCUCACCACGCUGGGGGAGGGCCCGAAGAUACCGGUCGAGGAACUCGAGCUGCGCAUCUAUCACCCAGGGCCGAAGGGCAACGACCAGAUCUGGCGAGGCGAGAAUCCGAGCAGUCCUAUCUGCGUCGCACUGCGCAACACGUGCGGUGGGUUGAUAGACAGCUCUGUGUUGCAGGGCGGGAGAGGGGCUGGCGCAUGGCUGAAGAUCAAGCCCAACGAGGAAAGGCGCAUCCUGACGCAGAGAUGGAGGAGGUUCACCGACGGCAACAGCAAAGCAGAAUGCGAGGGCUGGAUUGUGAAUCCGGAGUGGCCGCGAAUACCACAGCCAUCCGUUGUUGCGAGCGGCCCGUCGAGCCCCAGACAGGACGACCAGUCGGAUGCUGCCGAAGACGCUGCGGCCUCUUAG